GAGUGUAAUUGUUAGUGAACGCUUUCUCAGAUUGAAUUGGAGGCUUCCUGGGUUUUAUAUUUUCACUUUGUUGAAGCCAAAGGAGGAAUUUGAAGACCAAACAGGCUAAAGGGGUACAUAACACAGGCUCUGGAAGUAUUUAAAGGCGUAUGGAGCACAUUAAAACCCCGCCAGAGGGACUGGGAAGCAGUCUGUUCCCGGGAAUGUGAUUGGUCCAGACUCUCCGAGUAUUUCCGCUGCCUGGGACUCGCUAACCGACCAGCUCCAGACCCCCCCUCUCCUCUGUGUGAUGUACAGCGGUAAAAUAAAAAGGCUAACUCACCGCUUUUAGGACUCUUCCUAAACUGGAAACCGCAUGUAGAAAGUUUCGUCUCCUGAACCCAGAGAGUGGGACUAAAAAAGGUCCACCAUGUCUGAGCUUUUCAUGGAGUGUGUAGAGGAGGAGCUGGAACCGUGGCAGAAACAAGCUCCUCAGGUUCAUCUCAUCGAUGAUGACGACGACGAUGACGAUGAACCCAUCUUCGUUGGUGUUCUCUCCGGUAACCAGAAGGACAGUAAGCCCAUCCCGGCUCCUCCUCAGAGGAGCAGUGCAGGAGCUCAACAGAAGAAAGUUACUCCACUUCAGGCCCCUGCAGGCCCCUCACCUAUAGUGCUGCCACUGAACGUACCUGUGACUACAGUCAAAACCGUAUCCCCAUCCCUGACAACAGUGGCUCCUCAACCUGUUAUAGUUAAUAAUCAGGGGUUUAUUGUCACUUCUCCACAAUUAGCAAACAGCAAUGACCUUAUUGCCACUCUGGGAACCCAGUAUCCCCCUGGAACAUCAUUUACAAUUGUUCCAGGUAAAUCCUGGUUAGCUGUGCUUGUUAGCCGAUUUGAAAUCAACAGGUUACAGCUAAUAUCGUUUUGCUUCCGUUUCUCAGCCCCUCGGCAGCAGGUUUUUCAGCAGGUCUCUUCAGCCACGGGUUUGACUGGUGUGGUCCACCGGCCUCAGGUUCAGCAGAUCAGAAACAACGUGGUGACUUUGGCGAAUGUCCAGAGUCCUGCCGUAUAUUCAGCUCAGUCUAAUCAGCUGCAGCCCCAAAGAUCCAACACGUCGUCCCUUCAAAACGUUAUUGGGAAGGACUUGAGUGAUCAGAGCUCAGUCAAGCGGGGAUUGAUGGCAUCAGAGGUUGACAAAGUAGUGAAAAGAGUCAAAAUUGAUUCUGUAACUAUCCAAGUGGAAAAUGGCGUUUUAAAGAGAACCUGUUCCAAAUGUCAUGAAGACUUUCCUUCAGAGGAGGCUGUGAACUUUCAUAUGGUGCGUUGUUGUGCGACUGCAGGAAGUGCAGCUCCUUCAGCUCCGAGCAUCACCAACGCUAACAAACUCAUCAUGCUAGUCGCAGAUUUCUACUAUGGAAACUUCGAAGGAGAUGCAGAAAAACAGGAGGCACAGAAAACCAACACAACCUUCAAGUGCCAAAGCUGUUUGAAAGUUCUCAAGAACAACAUUAGGUUCAUGAACCACAUGAAGCACCACCUGGAGCUGGAGAAGCAGAACAGUGAGAGCUGGGAAAGCCACACGACCUGCCACCACUGCUACAGGCAGUACAUGACUCCCUUCCAGCUGCAGUGCCACAUCGAGAGCGCUCACAGCCCAAUUGAAUCUUCAACCAACUGCAAGAUAUGCGAGCUGGCGUUUGAAUCGGAGCAGGUGCUCCUGGAGCACAUGAAGGCCAACCACAAACCCGGUGAAAUGCCUUAUGUCUGCCAGGUUUGCGAUUACAGGUCUUCCUUCUUCUCAGACUUGGAGGCACAUUUCCGAAGUGUCCAUGAGAAUACCAAAGACCUGCUCUGUCCGUUCUGCCUCAAAGUGCUGAGAACGAGUCACAUAUACAUGCAGCACUACAUGAAGCAUCAGAAAAAAGGGAUCCAUCGAUGUGGAAAAUGCAGACUACAUUUCCUCACCUACAAGGAAAAAGCAGAGCACCGGACUCACGUCCACAAGACUUUCAGGAAGCCUAAAGCGUUGGAGGGUCUUCCUCCGGGUACAAAGGUCACGAUCCGGGCCUCGCUGACGGGAAAGGGACCGAUAAUGCCACACGGCUCCAAUCGAUCAGCGGUUACUGUGACUCCAGAGCCGACGGGUUUCCCGAACUUCAAAGUCAAGGCUCCAGUAAACCUGUCCAGGUCCAAAAUGAAAGACCCUCGGAUGGGAAAGGCCAAGUCUACUUACAGCAGAAAGCAAGAACGUCGACCUUCCAAGCACAACCUGGCACUCAAGAAUCUCAGUGCCGGUGACGGGUGCUACACAUGCAUCGAGUGUAACAGCGAGGUCGACGACUUCUUUUCACAUUUUCCAAUGCUCUCAAACUGCGGCGCAUGCACGUACCGAACAGGAUGUAAAGUGUCUUUCGGGAAUCAUAUGAUAAAGUUUCAUAGCACCAUCAGCAAACAGAGGAUUUUAAAAAUGGAUCGCAGAAAGACUUCACCUGGAAUAAAGUUAACCCUCAUCUGUCUCAACUGCAAUCUGCUUGUUGACGCGUCCGGUGGAGACCUGAUGUCCAAGCAUUUAACUGACCAGCCGCAUCACACAUGCAGAGUCAUUCAAGAAAAAGACAUCAGACCUGAAGACAAAGACCAGGACAAAGUGCAUAUCCAGCAGCAGGCAGAUGCCAAAGAGACGGUGACCCUCUUGCCAACGACAACAGCUACAGAGCCAGAAGAAACGGACUCCAAACCGUCUCAUCACGACACAUCUGCGAGUCAGACACUCGAUGAUGCCGACUGGCCUGAGUCAGAGCAGAAACCGCCAGCAGACGAGAAGGAACCCGACUCGCCAAAUCCCAGAUCGGAGGAAGGCGUCGAAUUAAAACGGCCGUCUUCGAAGGCCGCUUCGCCGUCUUCAUCAGACGUGCGUCAGAUUCCCUGUGAGGGUCACACAGAGAGCCUGCACGUCCAGGAGCAGCUGUCCGUCUCAGACGGUUUGCUGGAUCCAGUGACUGGAGAAAAAACACCUUAAAUUAUCUGUCGCUAACAACAGCUGGAGAAAACGGAUGAUUCUCUAUGAUGUUUUCAAAGUACGAUGAAAAUAUUCCUUUUUUUUUUUUUUUUGUCCUGCUUUGGCUGUUCUGAACUUUGGUUUACCAACAAGAACAAUCAUUUAAAAUAUAGUUCAAAGGUUUUUCACCACGUCUUUUUAAUAAUAAAAAAAGGAUUAAAUGCAUCCCUGCGAUUCCAGGGUACCGUCUGUUUGCCAUUAGACUUGAAUGUUUUAGGCUAAUUCUGUGUUUCUUAUAUGCUGAUGUAAUCUUUGCAGCACAUAGGUCAACAUCUUUUAUGAAACUAGUUACUUGUGCUCUUUUUUUUUUUAAAUUGGAAAUUUUAUUUUUUUAAUUGCUUUUAUUUUAAUUAAAUAGAUCUUUAAGAUGGUUUUAUUUUGAGAAAAAGCUUUUCCGUUAAGCUUGUGGAUGUAGUCAUCCUCUAUCCAUGCAUUAAACAAAUAACAGUUGUUUUGGGGGAUUGCUUUAGCAAUGUGUGAACCUUUGCAGAAGAAUCAAUUUUUAAUGUAGAUUUUUUUUUUUAUCUGAAUUAGGUUUUACUCUAACAUCAGUUUUAAACCUAGUUUUAAUUUGUAGUUUGGUCAUUGUGUGAUAAAUUUUUUUUAGUUUUGUGAUCUUCCAUCAGCUGGAGCAAACUGUUUUUUUUUUUUUUAUAUAUAUUUAUUUAUUUUUUUUACUGAAAUGUUCAGUUGUUUACCUAAAACUCCAGAGCGUGCGUAGGUUAAAGUAUCGCCUUUCAUUCAGUAUUGGCUGAUGGCUUGCAGAGUCCCAGACUGACUUUGUAUUCUUCACUCUGCUGAUUUUCAACCAUGAUUUAAAUCGUGAGCAGAAAAUCGUUGGGGAUGUCAUAGGAAAUGUUUCUGGUGCAGCUUUGUGAGCGAUGUGGCUCAGACGAGCACAGUGGGAAAAUAUUUAUGUAAGUUUUCUGUCUUAACCAGGCUGAAAGUUCCUCGUAAAAGAGAUGUUGACAUGUUCCCUUCAGAAAAAGGUGUAAAUGACAAAAGUCAUUUUCUUGUUUUUAAUUCUUUUUACAUGUAAAAAAAAAAAAAAAAACUAUCCUGUAAAUACAUUUACUUCUAUGUAUAAAUGUUUUGAUGAUAUUCCUGUUAUAUUCUCUACAUACGUCACAUUAUGCCGGAAUCUGCAUUGUGGAUUAUAGCAGCAGUUUUCUGUUUUUUUUUU